GCCUCAGCCGCUGCAUCACCCGGAAUACCAGCUCUCGCCGUGCCCGACGUCUCUGGGAUGGGGGAUCGGCGAUCAGUGAAGUGUCUCGACGUCCGUGGCUGCCUGGAUAGGUAGGUUCGGCAGGGGAACUACAUGUUUUUUUUUUCCCUUCUUCUUUUUCGGUUUACCUGCGGCUUGCAUUCCCUUGUUUCCAAAGCGCUUGUCGCCGUUCCCCUGGGUCUUAUUGCCUCCCACCUAUGUGGCGCUUUGUUACCCAACCACCUGGACACGAGGGACGGGACCAUGGGAUUGGUGACAUUGCUGCGCCUUGGCCGCCAUGGCCGCAAAACAUACCGGUACCUCACAGAGGCGCUUCUUAUAUUUCUUUUCUGCCACGUUUUAGCCUCUCCCAAACUGUCCUUUCGCACGCCAUGUGUCGACGAGGGUUCGAAAAACUCGGAGCGUGAACGGUGCGGUUGGGACGGGGCGAAAGACGCAGACUAGCAACAGGGAACAGCAUCUGAAUGUCUUCGGAUUGCCGACAAUGGCACGCGGGUUCCAAGAAACACCGCCGGCUU